AUGGCUUUUAUUGCCCUCCCAACAUACAAGUUCCUCUGUUUCACUCUUGCUCUCAUCGCUGUCUCUUGCUGCUACUCAGCAGGAUAUGCAGAGGAGAACCCGGCGCAAACGUUUGUGACAGCCUUAGCAUGCUUCAACAAUAAGUUUGUGAGUAUAUAUGCCGGUUGUGAUGAAGCGUACAGAUUGAAUGAGAGUGGGAACUUCAAUGUCCCUCCUAAAGCAACUGAUCUGUUUUGCCAUGGACCAUGUCUGGCUGAGACACAGCAAGUGCUAAAUUGCGUUGAUCACAUGUUAUCAGGCUUCGUUUUCAAUAAUAGGGCAACACUACCAGAUAUUAGAGGUGCACUGCGUGCUGGUUGCAGCUACACCAGCCAAAGAGGAAAGUUCAACGGUUUUGGACCUUUUGGUGAGUAUGCACAAGGUGAAACGAGCAAUGCACAGAAGCUGCCAAAUUUUUGCAGCUUUUUCACUUUCUUAAUUGUUACUGGGGAAAAGACUUGA